AUGACCAUGGAUGCCUCUCUGUCAGAAGUGGAGCAUUUGUCGUCCCAGCUCUUCAAGGAAGAGCUUCCAGUUACCUACCACACUUUAUCCAGAAAUUUGGGAAUACAUACCACAAGUGCAAAGACCAUUUUGAGCGAGUUCUAUGACAAGAACAAGGACAAGGUGUCUGCCUCAUUUAUCAUAACAGGAAAGUCGGAAACUGGACCAUUGAUCAAGCUCUCGGCAAGCGAGACCAAGUUGGUAGAAGAUAUCAAGAAGUUCCUGUCUGUCAACACCGUCCACGUCUACUGUUUGACACCCAAACAAAAUGAGUACACCACUUACUCCAUUGCAUUUGAAGAAUUAAAGUUUCCCACCGUGUUCGACAAAGCCCAGGACUACUACAAGAAUGGGAUGAUCCGUGGUCCAGAAGUGAAGGAGAUGGUACGACCUUCUGCUGUCGCACCAGUCCGCGAAGCAAUCAAGUCAGAACCAGCGAGUAGAGCAACCACCACCCCAGCUACUUCGAAGCCAAAGGUCAAGAGUGCUGGUCUAACCUCGGGAUACGUGUCGAGAAAACAGGCCGCGAAGCCAGCAACUACGUUGUCCAACUAUAAGUCCAGAAAGGAAGAGAAUACAGCCACAAAGAGACAAGCGGAAAGUACAGGUGCGUACCAGUACAAGUCGAGGAAAACAGAGGCCAAGACCCCCAAGGAGCGAGUCAUAGUGUCGUCUGUGGACGAUGGGGAUGUGGCGAUCGAGGACUCGCCAGCUCAGAAAGCAGACUCCGAAGCUCUUGCCAAAAUGUUUGAUGAUUUCAGUGACUUCGAAGAAGACGAAGCGGAAGCAGCAGCCGAGAAAGGCGAACCAGAUGAACAGAUAUCUGCUCCGGAGCCAGAGAUCGAGGAGACCAAACCCAGUACCGUGGAGGAGAUGUUUGUACCAGAAGAAGAGGAAGUCGAAGAAAAUCCUAGUAGUGAAUCGCUUGCAGCUUCCGAGCCUCCCAAGGAGGAUACUGUGGAUGAUGAUGGGUUUGUGGUGACAUACAGAAAACCCAAGGCCAACCAAAAAACUGCACCUGGCGACGGGAAAAAGAAGCAGGCCUCGUUGAUGAGCUUCUUCUCCAAGUAA